CAAAUCGCAUUGUACUCCGUAGGAAUUUUCAUUUAUUUUUUUAAUUUUCAUUAACAAAAAUGGGCAAAAUAAAUAAAAAUAACUUAAAAACAAAACUUUUAGAUACAAAAUCACCCAAACAAAAACUUAAUACAAAAGAAAAAUCAAAAGAUAACUCUACCAAUGAGCCAACAAAAGAUAAAAGUAAACUCAUUCUCAACAAGACAAUUACUCCCAAGAAAACCACCAGUAAAAAAGAAAAACAUCGUCAAAAACAUAAAAAUCUUAUGAAUAAAUUCACAUUAAUACGUAAACAACAGAAAGAGGAAAGAGCUCGUCAAAAUCGUCAGAAGACUGCUGUUAUUGGUGAUUUGAAGCCUUUAAAGGAUGCUUUACCCUCGCUAGAUGAUAUAUUCAAAUUAUCGAAAGAGAAAGAUCAACUGAAGACAGGUGUUAAGGAAUAUGAUCCAACUGAGGAAGAAGAUAAACAUUUAAGUGUCAAACAAAAGCUUAAGAAUAAAAAGGAAAAGUUCAUUAAACAGGUGAAAUCGUAUCAGGCAAUUUUGAAAGAUCCAGAAUUUAAGAAAAAUCCACGGGAAGCCAUUAGAUAUCAUAUACAGUAUACACAUGGAUUAAUAGAAGAAUAAAUAAGUGAAGUAAAAAAUAAGUAUAUUUUAAAAA